UGCGAAAGUAAGGACUGGCUUUCAUUUAGUAAACAAACAUGGCAGCGCCCUUGUAAAUGGCGUGGUUUUGCAAUGUAUAACUUAGAGUUUCCUUUCUUUGACGUCGUUAUUUGACUUCAUUCACUGCUGCUGCUAUUAUACUGAGUAAAAUCAAGAAUCUUUAGAAGAUGGCAUCAAAUACUUUUCGCAGCCAGGCCAUUGCUGCAGUUGUUGUCUCCGUCACAGCUGUCAUCAAAGCCAUUCCUGAGACUUUGGGAAUUACCAAAUACAAAGAAUUUUUCCAGUUCUAUGAUGCAACAAAACCAAAACCAAUAGACGAUGACACCAAUGAACUUAUAGAAGAGACACUUUUCAAAAUAAACCUUGAUCCUCAUUUGGAGAGUAGACUUGAAAUGUUUGUUAACUAUGGCCAGGACGUCAUUCACAAAGGUAGUUUAAACAUGAAGAGUGGUGCCAUAGUCGGCCUCCCGAUCUUCUUCAGCUACAAACAAUUGUCAGACAUCCAUACAACACACCUAAAGCUGAAAAACAAAUCUAUUGAUUGGAAUACUGAAAAUGGACAGAAAUUUUCAAAUUCUAUAAUUAUGAGCGACAAAGCUAAAAAGUUUGCUAUUGCACGAGAAAUUUAUUAUGCUGCAGACCACAGCAUCUCCAUUGAUUGCAGUCUAUUGGUGUUCAACAUGAGUGCAUUUUAUUGUGCUUAUUUUGCAAUGGAUGGCCUUUAUCGCCUCAAUCAUAGGAUGAAGUGGUUUGGCAAGAUUUUCCUGGCUAGUUCCUUCUACUUUAUGGCCUUAGGAAGCUACUUAUUUAUGCAUGAUAUUUACCAGCGCCGGAGAGACCAGCAUGCCGAUUCGAAAGCUGCAAAAUUAGGGAAGGAUUAUAUUGAAGGCGGAAUAGAAUUUUAUAACUUGUUGCUGCAAAGAAAUGCAGCAUUGUAUGCUUUGCUUGGUGAAGAUGGCAAGAAAAUUUACACACCAUUUGGCAACACAAAGAUUUCUGUUCGAAUGAAAUCUCUACCAAUGACUGCUCGAAGAGAUUUUAUGAAGGAAACUCUCGCUAAAGAAUCAGAGGAGAAACUGAAGAGUUGAUGUUGAUCCAAUUAUUUUGAAAUUAAUAAUAAAAUUUUUUAAAAAAUGAAGUAUCUUGGAAACAUGUCAGGUUGAGAAAGCAUCCGAGACAAGAACUUUUGGUGUUUUAUUUUAACCCAUUCACUACCAUAAUGUUCCCUACUUGGAUCUCUGCUGUUCAUUCAUUUCGCAUUCAUUUUUCUAUGGUAACAUGAGUAAGAUGAACACUUAUUAUUGAAGUAUUAUUUUACAGCUGAUAUCGUUCUUGUUACUAGCCCAUAUCUGUGUUUCAUGUAAGAGACUUCUUUUGUUUCACUCAUCUGAAAGUGCUGAACUUGUGAACAAGAAAUUUCACUAACUUACACUGUUUGUAGCUCAACACUUUCAUGCAAAGGAGAGACCAUAAACAUUCAGACAGAGACACAUGGCCAUGCCUACACAGACAUAGAUAUUUAUUAUACAUAUGACAGGUUUCCAUACAGUUUCCAUCCAUCCUGUCCACACACAGGGCAUUGUUUGCUUUUGGGCUACAGAAGAUGCAUUCCUAACAUGCCAUACAUAGUGAGAUAGAAUUCCUUGUCAGCUUAAAAUAUCUCAUUUCAAGUCUGUCAUUUUCCCAUGUAUUAACUACUGAAUAAAUUUUACUUAACUUAGUAAA